AUUAUCUAUUCUUCAGUGUACAUCACAGAUUCUUCUUCUUCGCAUACUCGUUAUCCGUGAAACAGGGGAAGACCGCCACGCACAGCCACCCAAACUCCAUUUUCCGACUUCCAACUGCCCGUGCAUUACUCGUCCCCGUUCUUUUUAGAGCACCGCUUCUCCGUGAAAGCUCAUCGUUUAGUGCGGCCUUUGCUUCAACGAAAAAGUGCAACCUUUUGCUUCCGAUCCGCUCAAAAUCUACUCAAGUUUCAACCUAUUCUUCGAGGAGGAAGAAUAAGAAGAUAGACCCUGACAGGAGAGGAAAGGUGAGUGUAGUAGAGGAGAAUGGCAGUUACCUUUGCAGCAAGUAUGUGUUCCAUCACAAGUUCUAAAACGCCUCAAGAGAUCAAAAGAUUUGACAUUGAAGAUAAACUGCAAUCCAGGUCUAAUAUUGCACUGCUUCCUCUUGAAGCUUUGAACCGCAGGCACCUUACAAUUAGUAUUGGCACUUCAUUGGUUGCGAUAACAUGUUGUUACGGUUUAUCACCGUUAUUGGUAUGGGCUGAAGAGAAGUCAGAUCAGAAAGAGGAGAAUGAUAAUGGUGUUAUUGGGGCCGUCAAAUCGUUAUUUGAUCCCAAUGAGAAGACAAAGUCGGGAAAGGUUUUGCCAAAAGCUUACAUAAAGUCAGCAAAAGAAGUGGUGAAAACACUGCGUGAGUCAUUAAAUGAAGUCCUUGACGAUAAUGCCAAGUUUAGAAGGACUGCAGAUGCGGCAAAGGAGUCGAUUCGGGAGUAUCUUGGUAGUUGGAGUGGAAACCAGACUGUUGCUCAAGAAGAAUCAUAUGUUGCUUUAGUAAAAGCAGUAAGAUCUUUGGCAAACUUUUACUCAAGGUCAGGACCAUCAGCCGCAUUGCCGGAAGAAGUGAAGUCUGAAAUAUUAAAUUAUCUGAAUACUGCUGAAGAUUCUUUGUAGAAAAUCCUACAAAAUGUAUUAUAGAAACUAAUCAAACUUGUGUUUUUUCUAUUCUUUUAUCUUAUGAAAUAUAUUUACCAAGUUUUUGUUGAUGAUUAAUGUGCUUUGUGCCAGGCUCUUACCAAGUUUUUGUUGAUGAUUAAUGUGCUUUGUGCCAGGCUCUUACCAAGUUUUUGUUGAUGAUUAAUGUGCUUUGUGCCAGGCUCUAGAUGUAUGGUGGAAUAGAGUAGAAUAGAGAACCAGCACUUAAUCCACCUACCUCAUAUGUCGCCAUACCUUUUCCACAAAUUCAUUCUACAAAUUAUACAAGUUCUCAUAUUAGCAUUGCCCCAAACAAAGAACUUGGAUGAACAUAUACAGUAUUCAAUUUUACUUUGAAUGACAUUAAAUAAUUACUUACAAGUUGUUAAUAUGAUCGAGAAUUGAUUUACUUA